UGCGCUCUGGCCCGGGGGCGGGUGGAAGCCGGCACAGAAGGUCGGGAGCCUAUGGCCGGGCCGCUGCUCCGGAGCGGGGUGCGCCGGUUCCCCUGGCUCUGCAACGUGCUGCUCUACGGCAGCCUCUUCUCGGCCGGGGACGCGACUCAGCAGCUGCUGCGGCGGCGCCCGGGGCAGGAGCCCGACUGGGCGCAGACCCGGCACGUGGCGCUGGUGGCCCUCAGCUUCCAUGGCAACUUCAACUACGUGUGGCUGCGGGGGCUGGAGCGGGCGCUGCCCGGCCGCGCGCCCGGCGCGGUGCUGGCCAAGGUGCUGUGCGACCAGCUGGUGGGGGCGCCUGUCGCCAUCCUGGCCUUCUACACGGGCAUGAGUAUACUUCAGGGGAAAGAGAACAUUUUUUCCGACUGUAAAAAGAAAUUCUGGAAUACAUAUAAGACUGGGCUGAUGUACUGGCCUUUUGUGCAGCUUUCAAACUUCGUUCUGGUCCCUGUUUACCUGAGAACAGCUUACACUGGGCUCUGUGGCUUUCUCUGGGCUAUCUUCAUUUGCUUUUCACAACAGAGCGGUGAUGGCACAGCAAAGUCGGCUUUUCUGUGGUUCCGAAGAGAAGAGGUCAAUGCAGAUGGAGAACCAUCAGAGAAAUGAGGAAGUUGUUUAAUGGAGUAUUUAUUUUAAAUGGUUAAAAUGUGCUUAUAAAGGGCAAUGAAUUGCACCGCCAGCUGAUUGCUGUGUUUUAAAAUGAAUCUUCAUCCGAGGGCUCAGUGGUCAUUAUAUACAGUGCAAUAGUUUGGUUUUGCACCUGUUUAUUUUCACAGAAAAGAGGCCCAUUGUAUAUUGCUGUUUAAUUAUUUUCAUGCUGGCAGCUAGUCUCCUCUGGGGACUCUAGCCACUUGCUUGUCAGAGUGCAGCAAGAGCAUUUGCACAACAUGGUAGCCAGCCUCAUUGGGGAGAAAUAUUAGCUGUAAUUUAAUUUUCAAGCAACUUCUAAUUGCUAGAAAAAGGAGGAUAGAACAGUGUUUAUACCUGCCAGUUAUUAUGGGAGCAAGAUUGCUUUUGCAUUCACUGGAGUUUUCUCUGAAUUGCAACAUAUGGUACUGAAUCUAUAUUUAUUCUGAGAAAAAAUUGUACUCUUUUUUUUUAUAAGAACCGAUUAUAACAUUUUAAAAACUUUUGCCUUAGCCUGCAGUGAGAAUCUGUACAAAGACAAUAAUUUAGCCUUGCAAAAUUUACCAGCCUAAGCACAAAAUGUAUUUGCUCACCCUCUACAAUGAUCAAUGACACGGAAAAAUUAACAACAUUUUAUGUCUAUUUAGCAUAGUUUCCCAACUGGAGUGAGUGAAUGGAAUUUUGCAAGACUGAUGUACCUGUUGAAUUGUUAUUGCUGUGUGUGUAUUUAAUAUCCUCAAGAUAAUGAGGCAAUUAAAAGAUGGCUUUAUUUAUUCUGGUUAGAACUUUUAAAAUCAACAUUAUAUUUGGAUAUUUGUACUCCUUUUCAGUAAGAUUCAUGGUGUAUGGAGUAUGGAUGAAUGUGUAUGAUAGAGACAAUAUAUAACACUCAAAAGCAAAUUAGAAAUAAUGUGCUCAAAUUAAUGCUUUUUGUGAUAAUUCUAUUAUAGGUAGUGCUUUUAUUUUUAUUUCUGCAUGUGCCUUAAAUGUAUAGUGAUGAACUGUAUUCAUUUAGAAGAAAGGAACUUGGGAGGAGUGCCACUGCAGGGAAAAUAAGGGAAAUUGACAAGAAUUUCAAGGAAGAGUAUACACAAUCUCUAUGUGAUCUGCAAUAAGAUGUGGAAAGCAUUCAAUUGUGAUCGUUUUUGAACUUUUACCAAUAAAUGUGACAGCUAUCAGGAUUGCAAAUAAUAAGAAAUAAGGUUCAGUUUGAUAUCAGAUUACUAAUCCCUCCUACGGAGUUGAAAGACAGUUAUUUUCUGUUCUCUGUUUCUUUACCGUGUCAGCAUGCACAAAAUGAAAAGAAUAUAGUUCUUGGAGAAAAAAUGAUGACUGAGAUUUAGUGUUGCUUUGCUGUGUGCUGUAACAAUAUGCUAAUAUGCCUUGAAGUAGAUGCAAUUUGUUAGUGGAUGAAAUGAUUCAUAUAUACUUAUAAUUGUUAGUAAAAUUUGUAAUGAGUGGAACAUCCCUCUUAUUUUUAAAGCUUUGGAUGUUUAUACAAGCUCUGCAUUAGUGCUGUAUACUUUUCUGAUGCCAGUUAUUCAGGAACUUGGCUUAAAUAGGAUUUUUGUCUGGAUAAGAACUUCAGGAUUUAUCUCCAUGUUUCUUCUGUUUGCAGUAUAUAGAAAAGUAGUUCUUUGUUCCUUUGCUCUUUUGUGUAAUCACACUGGAGCAUGUAGUUCUCAUGCUUCAGUAAACUUAAGAAUCUAAGUAAUCCUUUUACUCCCUCCAUUUCUCUUGAAAAGUUGGUAAGGACUACGUAAGUAAACUAAUCUCUCUUCCUGUUCUAAAACCUCUUUGUAAUCACAAGCUUUGGCAGUUAGUAGGCAUGUUUCAGGGGUGGGAGAUGCAAAAAUGUGGCUAUCUUGGGCCAGAUCCUCAGGUGGUGUAAAUUGGCAUAGCUCCUUUGAAAUUUUUGGAACUCUGUCAGUAUAUACCAUCUGAAGAACUGGCUCCUUACUUUUUGGAAAUACUAUAAUUUCUUACCACUUUAUAGAUUAGGAGACUCUAAUAUGACUUUUCCUACAUAUGCAGGGCUAAUGAGUUGGUGAUACAGUACUUACCAACAAGAACAUCCAAAGUAGCAAACCGCGGACAAGCAGCUGGGCAGGUUUGCCCUCAUGUUUGUUUGGAUGCGUGUUUCAUAGGUGGUCCCAGAGAGUCCACCUAAAGGAGCUGUAAUAGACUUAAUGCCAACUGAACACUGCACAAAAUUCACCAAAAAAGUAUGGCUAGAUAUAAGAAGUCAAGGUGGAACUCAGCAGACAGAGGGAACUCUCUGCCAUCAGCUAUCAGGCAUGUAUUCACAUUACACCUCCAUUUCAUGGGGUUGUUUCUAAGAUCAAAUGAGUAGAGAAGGCAAAUUCUGACCAAGUGUGACAGCAACUUGGUUUUAUUCGGCGUAGCUUAUACAGGGUCUGAAUUUGGCCAAGUGAGAAUUUGAAAGUCUGUUCCAAUUACACUAAUUUU